AUGAAUGUUCCUAUGAGCUUAGAUGAUAAUGGCUCCGCGAUCAAUGUAGGCCCAGUUUGCACAGCGAAGAAGCUUGGCAUAAAAGAUGAAGAACUAACUCCCUUUAUUCAAGGGAUUCGAGCUUAUGAUAAUGCUUGUCGUCAAGCCGUGGGUACUGUCAUGUUGAACAUUACUACUGGAGCUAUUGAACGUCGCACCAGGUUUCAAGUGGUGGACAUUAAAGCUUCUUUCAACCUAUUCCUAGGACGCCUUUGGCUUUAUGAGUUAAAGGUGAUUCCUUCUUCGCUAUAUCAAAAAGUUAAAGCAAUAGUUGGAGGGAUUCCAAUCUCUAUUGAUGCCUUUCCUAUGCGCAUUCAAUUCCUCGAUACCCCCAUUGUUCAUGUCGAGCAUGAUGAAGAAGAUGAAGAUCUUUGGGGCUUUUCUUUAGAGGAUUUUCUUAUGAUCGAGGAGGAAGAGAAGUACCACCUUGACUUUGAUCCUUACUCAAAUGUUCAUGAUAAUGCAAUCAUGAAAAAACAAGGGCAUUUCCCUUGGAUGACCCUUGGUAUGCCUGGUAUUGACAGGGACAUAGCUCAACAAACAAUAUCACUCAUUCCAGGUAUGAAGCCCGUCAAGCAAAAGCUACGUUGCAUGAAACCUAAUGUGGCUUUUAAAAUCAAGUAUGAAAUCAAGAAGCAACUAGCCACAAGAUUCAUCAAAGUUUCCAAAUAUCCAGAAUGGAUCGCCAAUGUGGUUCUAGUUCAUAAGAAAGAUGGAAGAGUCAGAAUAUGUGUUUAUUAUAGGGAUCUCAACAAAGCAAGUCCAAAAGAUGGGUUAUGUCUACUUCAAAUCGACAUUUUGGUUAACAACUUUGUUACAUGA